GCUGUGUACCCGGAUAAGUCCGCGGCGUGGGCCGCUGAGACCUGUUGGCUGAGCCCGCGGCACCAGCGCAAUGCCCCUGACCCUGGGUUACUGGGAAAUACGUGGCCUGGCCCACGCCAUCCGCCUGCUCCUGGAAUACACGGACACCAGCUAUGAGGAAAAGAGAUACACGAUGGGGGACGCUCCCGACUAUGACAGAAGCCAGUGGCUGGGUGAGAAAUUCACGCUGGGCCUGGACUUUCCCAAUCUGCCCUACCUAAUUGAUGGGACUCACAAGCUCACGCAGAGCAACGCCAUCCUGCGCUACCUGGCCCGCAAGCACGGCCUGUGUGGGGAGACGGAAGAGGAGAGGAUUCGUGUGGACAUUCUGGAGAACCAGGCUAUGGACGUAUCCAAUCAGCUGGCUGAACUCUGCUACAGCCCAGACUUCGAGAAGCUGAAGCCCGAGUACCUGAAGGGGCUCCCUGAGACCAUGAAGCGCUUCUCGCAGUUCCUGGGGAGUCGGCCCUGGUUCGCAGGGGACAAGCUUACCUUCGUGGAUUUCCUGGCCUACGACAUUUUUGACCUGCACCGUGUCUUUGAGCCCCGGAGUCUGGACGCGUUCCCAAACCUGAAGGACUUCGUCGCUCGCUUUGAGGGCCUGGAGAAGAUCUCUGCUUACAUGAAGUCUGGCCGCUUCCUGCCGAGACCGCUGUACACAAAGGUGGCCACGUGGGGCAACAAGUAGGGCAGGAGAUGUGAGCGAGGAGCCGGAGCUCAGCCUGCUGCCCGGGCCCUGGGGAGCCCGUCUCCCUGCGCCUGGCACUGCCUUUUCUGUUUCAUUCCCUUCUCAUCCCCAGGGCCUCACUGGCCCUCCUCCCUCCCGCCUGGCUCUGGUCGCUUCUAGGUGCUUGAAAGCCUCAGCUCCCGUGUUCAACGUGGCUGUGUCCAGCACUAAGAUCAGCCGGCAUCCUGCCCAUCAGUGGCUGUGUCUGCUUGCAGGGGCCCAGCUGGACCUCUGGCCUGUGGAGCUCGGCCCUGGGUUCCUCUAGCCCUGCCCUGAAGGACCAGCAUUGCCUACAGUGCAGGCCCCUCCCCCAGGUGGUGGCUGCCCCCCACCCCACAUCGACCCCCAGUAAAGCCUGGAGCACGUUUCA